GCGCCUUAUCAGUCUCCAUAAUUACAUUUGUACUCACUUCGUGGCUGAAAUCGAACCAAAAAAUAUUUAUACCAUUGAAUAAGUUUGGAAAUUUUCUUUGUUCUAGUUUUCCAUAACAAGUGCGAAAAUGUUCCGGUCGUGUGUGUCCGAGGCGAUCAUCUCUAGUCGCUGUUUCGCGCGAAUGUAUUCAAAGGAGGUGCGCUUUGGACCCGGAGUCCGGGCCCUGAUGAUCCGGGGUGUGGACGUUCUAGCGGAUGCCGUGGCAGUGACCAUGGGUCCCAAGGGUCGAAGUGUGAUCGUGGAACGACCCUGGACCUCGCCGAAGAUCACCAAGGAUGGCUUCACGGUGGCCCGCUCGAUUGCUUUGAAGGAUCAGCACAUGAAUCUGGGGGCCAAGUUGGUCCAGGAUGUGGCCGACAAUACAAAUGAGUCGGCGGGAGAUGGUACUACGACGGCCACUGUUUUAGCUCGGGCAAUUGCCAAGGAGGGAUUCAAUCAGAUCACCAUGGGAGCCAAUCCCAUGGAGAUUCGACGCGGUGUCAUGCUGGCCGUGGAUGUGGUCAAGGCGAAGCUGAAGGAGAUGUCGAAGUCGGUGGAGACCCGCGAGGAGAUCCAGCAGGUAGCCACCCUUUCUGCCAAUGGUGAUACCGAGAUAGGUCGUCUCAUUGGCGAGGCCACCGAUAAAGUGGGUCCCAAGGGCACCAUCACUGUGAAGGAUGGCAAGCGCCUCAAGGAUGAGCUCAAUAUCAUCCAGGGUCUGCGCUUCGACAAUGGCUACGUCUCACCCUUCUUUGUGAACAGCUCCAAGGGCUCUAAAGUGGAGUUUACCAAUGCCUUCGUGAUGAUUUCCCUGAAGAAGAUCACCGGUCUCCCGGAGAUCGUCAAGGGUCUGGAGCAAUCUCUGAGGCAGCGUCGUCCCUUGAUCAUCAUUGCCGAGGACAUCAGUGGCGAGGCCCUGAAUGCCUUGGUCCUCAAUAAGCUGAAGUUGGGCCUCCAGGUGUGUGCCGUCAAGUCGCCCAGCUAUGGACACCAUCGCAAGGAGCUUAUUGGCGACAUAUCCGCUGCCACGGGAGCAACGAUUUUUGGUGAUGACGUCAACUACUCCAAGAUGGAGAAGGCCAAGCUGGAGGAUCUGGGCCAGGUGGGAGAGGCUGUGAUCAGCAAGGACAGCACCAUGCUGCUGCAGGGUAAGCCCAAGCCGGGACUGCUGGAGAUGCGCAUCCAGCAGAUCAAGGAUGAGCUGGCGGACAAGCAGACCAAGCCGGAGCAGCGGGAUCGUCUGCGCCAGCGCCUGUCCGCCCUAACAAAGGGCGUGGCCGUGCUCCACAUUGGAGGAGGGAGCGAGGUGGAGGUGGGUGAGAAGAAGGACCGCGUGGUGGACGCCCUGAAUGCCACGCGAGCGGCCGUCGAGGAGGGAAUCGUUCCUGGGGGAGGAACGGCCUUUCUGCGAUGCAUUCCCCAUCUCCAAGAACUCAAGAUGGAGAGUGCGGAUCUCCAGAAGGGCGUCGAUAUAAUCUGCAAUGCCCUGCGGAUGCCCUGCCAGACAAUUGCCCAGAACGCGGGAGUGGAUGGCGCCAUGGUGGUCGCAAAAGUAUUAGAGGGCUCUGGGGACUACGGCUACGACGCCAUGGGCGAUGAGUACUGUCGGCUGGUGGAGAAGGGCAUCAUCGAUCCCACCAAGGUGGUGCGAACCGCCAUCACGGAUGCUGCCGGAGUGGCUUCCCUCCUUAGCACCACUGAGGUGGUGAUCACCGACUCCAGGAACGAUGAUCUCCUGGCCAAGUUGGCUGCAGCUGGCGGCGGAAUGGAUGACGGCCUGGACAUGAACAUGGGCGGCUUGGAGGAGCUGGCAGCCCUGAGUGGAAUGGGCGGAAUGGGUGGCAUGGGAGGAAUGGGCGGAUUCGGUGGCAUGGGAGGCAUGGGUGGCGGCUUCGGUGGAAUGGGGGGUGGAGGUGGCGGCAUGAGCGCCUCCAAAAGCGAUGGACCCACUGCCGAGGAGAUGAACGAGAUGGUCAAGGCCAUUCCCGGCAUGGAGCAGGUCGAGGUGAGGGACAUUGAUAGUGGAAUGAUGUAGAUCCCUUAACUGCAUCCGUUUUACCUUAAACGUCGUCUUUCAUAACAUGAAUAUGUGGUGGGAAUUUAAAUUGCAUGUGUUUUCAUGGCCAAUAACGAAGUUCUUUAC